AUGCCUAGUCAACCAUCAACAUUUCACCUCCAUUGCCAAAUUUUUCAUCUAGCAACACCUUUCACGCUCAAGAAUUUCCAUCUCAACAAAUCCAAUAAGCUAUCAAAAUUCUUUGCCUACCAACAACAUUACAUCGCCGAAAUUGGCAUUUUGCCCUUGUCAUUCGUGCUCCUGGUGCUCCUAGGGGACAAGGAAUUGAACACACCCAUUGACACUGACAAUAAAUGCUUCUUCUUUGAUACCAGACAUUCCAAUAUACAAGUCACUGAGAAACAGGCAAUUAUUGUUGCUCCUCUCCUAGCAGCAAAUGGUGAAGAUACAGAUAAUGACCUCUAUAGUGCUGUGGAAAAUAUAGCUAAACAGGUACCCACUGCUACAACAAGCCAGAUUGCAAGUGGGGACUUCAACAACUGCUUUUACUUUGCUACUGAAGUGCCUAGGAGGCUGGGAACAGCAAAUGUUGAGGAAUUUGUCAAUUAUCACAAUGAAUUUGCUGCAAAGGUGAAGGAGAAGACAAAUGCAGCACUUGUGGUGACACUCAACAUCAACCCUAAUCCACUAAAGGGGGCAAGAGUGGUAAUACUACUAGUGCAUCUACAGUCCACCCAAUCACCAAACAUCCAUCCCCGUGAUAGUGAUGGUGCAAAGAAAUCGUGAUAUGAAGCACCAAACCUUGCCAGUGCAAAUUUUGAGCAGAGCAUGAAGAUGGGAGGUAGAUGGGAGAUGCACAAAUAAUUGUCACUUGUGGUUUAGAUAGGACAGGCAGGCUUGGUUGCAGUCCAAGGUAGACAAUAUUGGUGUCAG